AUGAAGCACAUUGACAGCACCCCAUCAACCCCAGGGAAGUUCAAGAUCGAGAAAUCCUCGUACCACCGCCUCCGGCUGCAUUCCUCGCUGGCCAAGCUCACUUUCUGGUCCCUCGUCUUCCUGGGCUUGAUCUUCGUCUUCUUCUACAGAUCCCCGCCGUCCUCCGCCUCCUCCUCCUCCUCCGGGCCGUCGGAUCUCUCCAGAAGAUCCCUCCGGACCAGCUUCUACGGCGGUCCAGAAUUCGAGAAGAAGGUUCGGGCCUCCGCCAAAAUCCGUUCAAGCAAUGGGAUUUCCGUCCUGGUGACCGGCGCCGCCGGUUUCGUCGGCACCCACGUCUCCGCCGCCCUCAAGCGGCGGGGCGACGGCGUUCUGGGCCUCGACUGUUUCAACCACUAUUACGAUCCGUCUCUCAAGCGGGCCAGGCAAGCCCUCCUCGAACGCACAGGGGUUUACAUCGUAGAGGGCGACAUAAAUGAUGCAAAAUUGCUGAAAAAGCUCUUCGAUAUCGUCCCCUUCACUCACGUCAUGCAUUUAGCAGCGCAGGCCGGCGUUAGGUACGCCAUGGAAAACCCGGGCUCGUACGUGCACAGCAAUAUAGCGGGCUUUGUUAACCUGCUCGAGGUUUGCAAGGGCGUUAACCCUCAGCCCGCCAUUGUUUGGGCUUCGAGCAGCUCGGUUUACGGUCUGAACACAAAGGUACCUUUUUCCGAGAGGGACAGAACUGAUCAGCCGGCGAGCUUGUACGCCGCGACUAAAAAAGCCGGUGAGGAGAUUGCUCACACUUAUAACCACAUAUAUGGCCUUUCCUUAACCGGGCUGAGGUUCUUCACUGUAUACGGGCCUUGGGGAAGGCCCGAUAUGGCAUAUUUCUUCUUCACCAAAGAUAUCUUGAAAGGGAAGUCUAUACCAAUCUUUGAGGCUGCUAAUCAUGCUACUGUGGCUAGGGAUUUUACGUACAUUGACGAUAUUGUAAAGGGCUGUUUGAGCGCUUUGGAUACAUCGGAAAAGAGUACAGGCAGUGGGGGGAAGAAGAAAGGCUCUGCUCAACUGAGAGUGUAUAAUUUGGGGAAUACUUCUCCUGUGCCAGUCUCGGAUCUUGUGAGCAUUUUAGAGCGUUUGCUUAAAGUGAAGGCGAAAAGGAUGGUUAUGAAGCUGCCUAGGAAUGGUGAUGUUCAGUUUACGCACGCUAAUAUUAGCUUGGCUCAGAGGGAGCUCGGUUAUAAGCCGACGACUGAUUUGCAGACGGGGCUAAAGAAAUUCGUCCGGUGGUACCUUUCUUACUAUAAAGGGCAAAAGAGCGCGCAGUGA